AGGUCUUUGAUUCCCCAUCAUUUUCUUUUAGAGGUGUGCUGCAAAUCUUGAUUGGCUUUCGCCUUUUGGUGAAGGUUUAGGCCCUGCGGCGCUCAAAGCACUAAGUCAGACAACCGGUUAAUUUUCACCUCGACAAUAUUAGGCUUAUCCCGUGCAACAACAUGAGUCGCAUAAGAAGGCGACUCGUGAGCCCUCCUUUUUUUUUGCUGCUUGUAUUUUUUGAAUUAUCAUUGUCUUCAAAAGUAGUUGAAGGUCUUCAAAAUGUCUCACAAGAGCAUCCACAGAAUUACCUCACUGAGGACUCUGCCAGAGUUACCUCAAAGUGGGAAGAAGACGAAGAUGGAACUUCUUUCCAACAGCCACAGCGAGUGCACUCAAGAUGCAGCACUUCCAACGAGAAGAAGAAGAAAACCAGUCCUCGCAUUUGGGCACUCACCAGCUGGGGCCUGGAGACGAAUGCGACUUCAGCGACGAUGCCACAUUGGCUGUACCAUCAUGAGUUCCGCCUCCAACUCGACCCGCAAAGUUUCAUCAUCUUACUCUUCUCCCGCUCUCGACAUAGGGUUGCGCAUUUCGUCAAUGAAAGGUUAUGUGGGUACGAGACGGAGACAGGAAACGCGGCUCUGUCAUCUCUUUCGACCAGUAGAGGCAUCACCAAUCACGUAUUUGCCGAUUACGUUCCAUACACGACUGCGAGGAUGAUUCAAUCCCGGCUGUUUGUGCUCGAAGCUGUGGGAGUGCAACCGGAUGAUUGGAUUUUACAGGCAGACGGCGAUGAGCUGGCGAUGUUUCCAGGGAUGUUUUUACCUCCAUUGGCUCCGGGUGAAAAUGAUUGGAGGGCGAGUGGGGAGAAGGCGGAACACGAGGAGAGGGAGCGGAGGGAUUUGGAUGUAGUUGGAGAUGAUGAUGCUGGUGGAGAUCAUCAGACAGGGAAAUUAGACGUUAAUGAAAAAACCAACACCCAAGAAGAACUCGAUUCCUUCCCUCUGCGUGAUUUCGUGCAAAACCUAGAAUUGAACGGAGAAAAUAUCGUCUUCGCAACACUAGUGGAAAGAAUCGCCGCUGAUGGGAAUUUAGAGAGGCCUGUGGACCCACUGGCUUUGGGGAAAAUGACUUCUGACGGGCACGACGCGACAUCAUCAACUUCUAGAAGGAACAGGCGGCAGGAAGAUCUGUUUUAUCAGUACCCCUUAUCCUGUGCUUUGCAGCACAUGACCAUGGGGUCGGACCCUUUGAAGGUGAUUCUCUACAAGGCUGCUUUGCGAUCGGCCGGUCACGACGUGUUUGCGCGAUUGGCGGCGGGUUUUUUCCCCAGACACCAUGUGCCGCCACAGUGGUUCGACGUGCCUGGUGGCAGUGACUUGUGGUGGAAGAAGAAUCGUGAGGCCACGAUGACACCAGAAUUUGUGGACGGUGCCUCGAAGACUUCUUCAAAGGAAUCAGCAGAAAAUAACCAACCUGAUGUGAGUAAAAAAAACUUAGUACCGCCGACUUCUGCCGUAGAAUGGGCAAGUGGCCAAAACGAUCAUGAGUCUUCUAAUGACGUGGGUACUUCUACUAGUACUUCCGCUCAAGAAAGACAGCAACAGCAACAACAAAGUUCUCUGUACGCAAACGCCGGGUUUUAUACUUUGGAGGACGAUUUCGCUGUUGCCCAAGGAAGAGGUGUAGGUACAAUAGAUUCAUCGGGAGAAGAAGACGGACCACCUACAGAGACGUAUCUCGCUCUCCCUGCGCCUGACUUUGCCGGCGGGCACACUGUUUUAGUGCCACGGUUGUUUCAUAAACAAGCUGCUAGAAGUGUGAAGGAGCUAAACAAGCAUCGUUAUAAUUCUGGUCCACCUUCUGUUGGAGAUAAAAGAGAUUGGACGGACGCUUGGUCUCAGCACCGUUAUGCUCGCAAUGCUUUGUUGGAGGAGCACUAUGUUGCUAGUGGGGGAGACAUGAGGGAUUGGGAUCGCAUGCAGUAUCAUUCCUCCCUCGGCAAUGGAGAUGUGCAGUCUAGAAUCGCUUCAGGCUUGUUGCAGCAGGCGAUGCAGAGGAAUCUUAGAGCUGCAUCUCUGGAAAGAACAAGGAGGCAAUCGGUUGAGGACCACGAGCCGCCGUCCUUAGACGAACUAUCACCCGUAUAUAGCGACUCGUUUCGGAGACAGGUGAGAAAUUUGGCUACUGUGGAUAGAAACGGCCUAUAUUAUGGGGAUCAUCGUUCUUUGCUGGCAUUCGGUAACGUUGUUGCUGGAGAAGGUAGUGACGAUGAAGUCCUCCCGCAUGACGAUGAAGAGGACGAUGCCUUUUUCGAGGGUGACAACGAUUUUCCAAAGUCUGAAGAGUACCUUCAUUUUAUAGCAGAGGAUAAACUUCGAGAUAAGCGGCAACUGGCUUUAGCCGCAAGCAGUACGAAAAUUCCUUUGUGGUUAAAACUAUGGGUGCACACGCUGCCACCACCCGAUUCCGAUCAAAACAAAGAGAAACGUCGUGUGCGCCCUUCGAAAAUACCGUUUGCAAGGCCGUAUUUUGGUGUAGCGUUGCUCUUUCACUUCAAAUGGACGCAAGGGGUGACGAAGAAACACGUUUAUUUGACGCAGAGUGAGGGUUUGUAUCGGGAAUUUCGUGAUGGGGCUGUGGCAUAUACGGAUACGAUGGAGAAGCUGAUGUCCUCGCAGGGCUCUUCCAGUACUACCGGACAAGAUGGUGAUGAUACAGUAGUAAAGUCUGAAGAUGAAAAACUGAAUAGUGCCCAUCGUCCAAAAGAUGAUGGCCCAGAAGAUGAUGUUGCAUCUCUUCGUACGAACAAGAAUCCUAGUCCCGCCAGCUUCAUCACCCCUGAAGAUCGCGAAGCAACUUGCUUACCUCACAAUCCAGACCAACCAGUGGGAACCUUAAGUUUGCGUGACCGAUUCAGGUUGUUCAUACUGGACCCACGACCCGAAGGAACCUUGAAGUUGCACAAUUUUUUCGGUGCACCGGAAUCCAUAGUGGGUGGAGCUAUUUUGGACGCACAUUUCGUGAGGAUAUUGCUUUUUGGGUGGGCACGGGAGAUGGAUAGAUGGGAAAAGUCAGAGGGUGGGAGCUUCUGA